AUGACAUGCAAUGAAAUGCGGAUGUCAACGACACUCAGAGUCACACUCACGACCUCGACCAGUCGGACCUCCGUUUUCAAGACCCGUCGGCCGAGGCCGAGUUCGGUAAUGCCGGCCGGUCGAAGAGAGCAUCUGCCUCUCCAGACUAGCUCUUGCGAUCUCUUCGAGGCGAUCCGUCUUCAGGGCAAGCCUACAAGUAAGUCGGUCAGCGUUCCCAGCCGUGUUGUACCCUCCAAAGGGGGUUGUGGCCUGUUGCUGAGGCGAUUUUUUGUCAUUUCAUUGCUCACCCCUUUCCUUCCGGUCGUCAAGCGUCAUGAUCCGAUCAUUGAUGCAACUUUUCCCACAACUGGCCAUUUUAUGCCCACUUCAGUGGGUAUAUGCAUUCACUGGAUUUUGACACAGAAAUGCAGAUCUGCGUGCAAAUUUGCAUACUCACUAAUUCACUCAUCUCUUCUGCCGUUCCCUUUUUCCCUUUUGCCUCUUGUUUUUGCCCAACGCCAAUCAAUGCGAUGGCAAGAUGAGCUCUUCCAGUCGGCUGAAAUUCCUUCUGUCUGUAUGUCUAUUUCCAAAUUAUAG